AUGAAGUGCUUCAAGAUCCUCCUGCUGGUAUCCCUCAUCCCUCUCGUGCUCAGGGGAGUCUCGCUUCUGGGCAACGUCAUUCCAGCAUCGCCUGAGCAGCCGUCCAGCUCCAGCUCCAGCUCCGACAACGGCGCGAGCGUUUCUUCAGCUUCACGGGUGGGCCGUGGCCACCUCUCCGGCGGCUUCACCCAGCGGCGGUUCAGCGGCGACUUCAGGGACGACAAGAGGUUCUCCCCGACCGGACCCAACCCGCUACACAACUUGUGA